AUGAGUAGUUACACAUCAGACGACGUAGAUAUAUCUGCGCCAAACGAUAUAUCUUUCGAAACAAACUUAUUCUCUGUCAACUUCCAUCCGACUGAGGACUUGGUAGUAGUGUCCGAUGCAGAGGGAAGAGUUAAAUUAUAUAGAUAUGGAUUGGAGCAGAAUGAGAACCUGCUCUCACUUAGGCCACAUACUUCAGGUUGCAGAGAAGCUUGUUUCUCAACAGAUGGCAAAUAUAUAUUCACAGCAUCGUCUGACCGCUCAUUAAAGGUGAUCGACGUUCAUACUGGAGCCACAAUGUACACAAGAGAGGAGGCUCAUGAUGACCCAAUCAAUAGUUUGAUUAGUAAGGAGUUUAUGGUAUUCACAGGUGAUGAUGAGGGAAGAGUAAAGGUUUGGGACAUGAGACAACAGAGUAUCGUCUGCGAGUUCCAGGAACAUGCCGACUACAUCUCUGAUAUCAUCACAAUGGACGACAGACAUGUUGUUGCCACCUCUGGCGAUGGAGGUCUCUCCAUCUACAACUUUGUCAGGCGUUCACUAGAUGACAUCUCUGAGAAGUCAGACAAUGAGUUGCUCUCAGUAGUCGCACUUGAGAAGGAUAGCACUUUGGUAUGUGGUACACAGGAUGGAACUAUACUGAUAUAUGAUUCACAGAACUUGGAGAAGCCAAAGAAGUUUGUUGGACAUCCACAGUCGGUGGAUUCGCUGGUCAAGGUCAGCGAGAAUACAUUCCUGUCUGGCUCAAGCGAUGGAAUUAUUCGUUAUGUUGGCACCAAGCCCAGGAAGCUGCUGGGCGUCAUUGGCGAGCAUUCCAACUUCCCCGUGGAGCGCAUUGCCAUCACCCGCGACAACAAGUAUCUGGGCAGUAUCUCGCACGACCUCUCACUCAAGUUCUGGAACGUCGUCAAUCUGUAUGAGGACGUCGAUGACUCGGACGCUGAGGAGCAGGCUGAGGAGGAGGAGAUGGAGGAUUCGGAUGAGAUCGACGGCGAGGAGCAGGUCGACGAAGAGUUGAGCGAUGACAGUGAUGAUAUGAUGGAUGAUAGUGAUGACGAUAUCAACAAUAAUAACAAUAACAAUGAUGAUGAUUCGGACGAUGAUGACGAUGACACAUCAUCAGACGAGGACAUUAAGAAGAAGAAGCAGUAUAAGUCCAAAGCGGCCAAGAAGAAGGAGGCCAAGAAAGCAUGGACCAACCUGCCAAAUAAAGAGAGCAAGAAGACCACUCGUCGGAAGAACUUC